AUGAAGCCGUUCUCAGCAAAGGUGCACAGCUGCCGCAGCUGUGGCGGCACAAACUCUGCGGGAAAGCCCACCGGCUCAUUGUCCCACCGGGAGGAGCUGACCAACAGCCCCUUUCUCAGGAGGAAGACGGGGCCCUCCAGGCACCCCACCCCAGAGAGUCCGGAGCAGGUGCCCGAAGAGCCCAAGCUGGCCUUGCCCUCCCGGGGGGCCUCCUCGGUGCCCAGCGCACGGCCAACCCCUCCUGCCAGGAAGAAGCAGGAGAAACAGCGGCCGAAGCUGCCCCCCAGCCCUGGGCCCUUCGUGGGGAGCCCCGGCCCUCUGGAUGAGAAGCCGCCCACGGGGCCUGGGGAAAGCAGCCUGGGUGUGACCAGCCAUUCCUCGCUCCAGAUCUCUCCUUCCACGGUUCUGCCGCUGGCCUGGAGCCCUGGGGCUUCUGCUCAAGGGGGGACCCAGAGGGCCGAGGAAGAGGCUGCGAAGGGGGGAUCUUCCUCCAGGGAAGAGGGCCGAGGAACGACCCCUCCGGAGCAGCUGCUGAGUCUCUGCAGCAUGAAUUUCUCUGAACCGGAGGGCUACAUCGACUCAGCCGAGGCUCCGCUGGUGCCCCGGAACGGCUUCCUGGAGUGCAGCUUCCGGGUGACAGUCUACACCGGAUAUGGUGUGGAGCUGCAGGUGAAGAGCGUGAACCUGUCCGAGGGGGAAGUGCUGGCCAUUCGUGGGGAGGACGAGGGCCAUUUGGUCACUCUGGCCAACCAGACCCUCCUGGUGGAAGGCCAGGUCAUCCGCAGCCCCACCAACACCAUCUCGGUCCUCUUCCGGGCCUUCUCGGACGGCCUUGGGACUUUCCAGCUGCAUUAUCAAGUAUUUAUGCUGAGCUGCAGCUUCCCACAGAGGCCCAAUUUUGGGGAGGUGGCCGUCAUGGGCCUGCACUCAGGGGGCCUGGCUCACUUCCACUGCCACCUGGGCUACGAGCUGGAGGGCCCCCAGAGCCUGGUCUGCCUCAACGCUUCCAAGCCGCACUGGAGUGCCCCGGAGCCUAUCUGCUCAGCCCCCUGCGGGGGCACCGUGCACAAUGCCACCAUUGGCCGCAUCUUGGCACCCACCUCUCCGAGGAGCCCCUCGGGCAGCGUGGCCUGUGUGUGGAUGGUCAGCGCCCCUGAGGGGCAGAAGCUUCACCUGCACUUUGAGAGGCUGGCGCUGGGGGAGAAGCAAAGAAUGGUGGUCUACGGUGGAGAAUCAAACCGCUCAGCCGUGCUCUACGCUUCCCGGCCGGGCAGCAACGUGCCCUUCGAAGGGGUGAUCAGCGAAGGAAAUGCCUUGCGGGUCGACUUCACCUCGGAGGACCCCAGCAGAGAGGCCACGUUCAACAUCCGGUUCGAAGCCUUUGAGAAGGGCCAUUGCUACGAGCCCCACCUGCAGAAUGGCAACUUCACCACCUCUGACGCCACCUACAAUCCUGGGGCAAUCGUGGAGUUUACCUGCGACCCCGGGCACACCCUGGAGCAGGGCCCAGCGGUCAUCGAGUGCAUCAACCUCAGGGACCCCUACUGGAAUGACACGGAGCCCUUGUGCCGAGCCACCUGCGGAGGAGAGCUCUCCAUGGCGGCUGGAGUCAUCCUGUCCCCCAACUGGCCGGAGCCCUAUGCAGAGGGCGAGGACUGCGUCUGGAAGGUCCACGUGGGGGAGGAGAAGCGAAUCUUUCUGGACAUCCAGCUCCUGAACCUGAGCCAGAGCGACAUCCUCACGGUCUACGACGGGGAUGACCUCAACGCCCACAUCCUGGGCCAGUUCCUGGGCAGCGGUGGGCCCCAGAAGCUCUACUCCUCCACACCCGACUUGACCAUCCAGUUCCACUCGGACCCGGCCGGCCUCUUCUUCGGGAAGGGGCUGGGCUUCACCAUGAGCUACAUUGAAGCCUCGCGGAACGAGUCCUGCUCAGACCUGCCGGAGAUCCAGAAUGGCUGGAAGACCACUUCUCACACCGAGCUGGUUCGGGAGGCCAAAAUUACCUACCAGUGUGACCCGGGCUACGAUAUUGUUGGCAGCGACACCCUCACCUGCCAGUGGGACCUCACCUGGAGCAGCGACCCCCCUUUCUGCGAGAAAAUCAUGUACUGCACGGACCCCGGGGAGGUGGAACACUCGACCCGCUUGAUUUCGGACCCAGUGCUCUUGGUUGGCACCACCAUCCAGUACACCUGCAACCUGGGCUUUGUGCUUGAGGGCAGCUCCCUUCUCACCUGCUACAGUCGGGAAACGGGGACCCCCAUCUGGACCUCCAGGCUGCCCCGCUGCGUGCCGGAGGAAUCCCUGGCCUGCGACAACCCAGGUCUGCCCGAAAACGGGUACCAGAUCCUCUACAAACGCCUGUACUUGCCAGGCGAGUCGCUGACCUUCAUGUGCUACGAAGGUUUCGAGCUGCUCGGGGAGCUGACCCUCAAGUGCAUCCUGGGGCAGCCCUCCCGGUGGAGUGGGCCGCUCCCCACCUGCAAAGUCAAUCAAGACAGCUUUGAACAUGCCUUGGAAGUAGCAGAAGCUGCUGCAGAAACGUCCCUGGAGGGAGGCAACAUGGCGCUGGCCAUCUUCAUCCCCGUUCUUGUCGUUUCCUUGCUGCUGGGGGGCGCCUAUGUCUACGUCACGAGGUGCCGCUACUACUCCAGCCUGCGGCUGCCCCUCAUGUAUUCACAUCCAUACAGCCAAAUCACGGUGGAGACGGAGUUUGACAACCCAAUUUACGAGACAGGGGAAACCCGGGAAUACGAGGUGUCCAUCUGAAGCAGCCCUCGACACUCACCCCGCCUCGAC